CAUGUUGCAGCUGAAUGAGAGUGUUUCCCCCCUCAGCCCUCUCCCCUUCACUCGCUUGCUCGUCUGUUGAUUCACUUCAUCUUCUCUCGGGAUUGUCCAUCCAUCCCCUCGAGACGAAGAGCAACAGCUGGCAUGGCCGGUCAAGGUCGUUCGUGUGCGUGCGACUGUAGGAUAGUGGGAUAGCGCUCCUUCGCAGUCUGUGCGCCCCCGGAUUGCAUGCGCGCGAGAGAAGGAGCUUCCCGAUUGGGCUGGGCGCGGAGGCUUGGCGGCCAUGUUUAAUCGCGAGCCAAGACAGUGGCAACGCCGGGGGCGCCGUCUAGCUCGCUCUCCACCAGAUAACGAAUGUCUUGGGCCUGCCGUGCCCUCUUCUCGAAAACCGACAGAAAGCGGCCUUUCCGCUGCAACGGCUCUGUCUCUUGGUGGAGUGGAGAGGCUGACGACGCCUUCCUUGACUUGACGGAGGACUUCUGGACGGCGCAUCUCAUCUGCAUAUAGCUACCGGUUGGAAUAUCUAAUCACUCUCAAUUCUCCACACAUUCAGAGACAUCCAGCAACCGUAUAACCGUCUACUUCACCAACAAUGCUCACUUUCAGCUGUCAGAUUCCUUCCGGCCUGUCACUUCUCUGCAACAGAUACGACCAGCGAAAGACAAAAAAACACAAUCAAAAACAAGGCAAUCAAUCCAUCCAUCCUUCAUGCCCUGUGCCUCAGCACAAGGCCGUCUAGACGUGCCCAUUGUCCCUUGGUCUUUUCUUGACCAACCUCUUCCGUCCUACCCUCCGCUGUGCUCUUCGACACAAGGCCGUCGCGGCAUUAAGGCGGUGCUUCCUGUCGCUUUCCUGGCGGUCCAAGUCGCCGUGUAUGCGACGGGCAGCCCGUAA